CGCAUAUUUUUUAUUUGCAGAUAAAUAGAGAAGAGAACAAAGUGCGUUGGAGUUGGAGCUGGAGCUGGGAACGAUGGUGGCCGUCACAGCUAGCUUCGCACCAGCAACAGCAACAAUUACAAUGCCGAUGAAGAAACGCAGUGGUGGGACAGUGUGUUUCGCCGAGUUGUCGUUCCCUUCGUUUCUCCCAAAGCAAGUGGAGAAUAUCAAGGACUCUUUCGCUCGUAAGCUCGCCACGAGGAUUGACAGACUUCCUGUACCUGUUAGCUUCGCAGAUAAUAGUAUCAUGAGUAGUUGUGUGAGGCCAUUAAUACAGAGCAAGACAAGUCCAGUAGUUCUUCUCCAUGGUUUUGACAGCUCCUGUUUAGAAUGGAGGUACACGUAUCCGUUGCUUGAGGAGGCUGGUUUUGAGACUUGGGCUGUGGACAUACUUGGUUGGGGUUUCUCUGAUUUAGAAAGGCUUCCACCAUGUAAUGUGGCAUCUAAGCGUGAACACUUUUAUCAGGUUGAAAAGCUGGUUUUAAUUGAUGCAAGUGUGUAUGCAGAAGGCACAGGAAAUCUAGCAACUUUGCCCAGAAUUGCAGCAUAUGCUGGGGUUUAUUUAUUGAAGAGCAUCCCGCUGCGCUUAUAUGUAAAUGUUUUGACCUUCACUGGCAUUUCAUUUGGUACUAGCUUAGAUUGGACUAAUGUGGGCCGCUUGCAUUGUCUAUAUCCUUGGUGGGAAGAUGCAACUGUGGAUUUUAUGAUUAGUGGGGGUUAUAAUGUUAGCGCACAAAUACAACAGAUAAAGAAGAAGACACUUAUCAUAUGGGGUGAGGAAGACCAGAUCAUUAUUAAUAAGCUUGCAGUGAGACUGCACUGUGAACUGCCAAAUGCAACUAUACGUCAAAUACCAGAUUGUGGUCAUCUUCCUCAUGUUGAGAGGCCAAACUCAGUUGCCAAAUUGAUUGUGGAUUUUGUUCAUGAAGAUUGCUUUAAAGAGGCUGAAUGUGUUUCCCAAUAUUGAAGUCCACUUUCCACUAGUUCAAGGGAAUUUUUGUAAAUGUAAAAGACUCACAAUUUGCAUUCCAUUUUGCUUGAAGAUGACAAGCCAUCUUUUUAUUAUUUGUUAGGCAACAAACUUACUCGUAAUUGACAUAGAUGCUGCCAGUCAUUUUAUUUGUAUCAUAAUAUGCAUUAAAAUUGAAUUAAAUAUAUAACUUAUUAACA